AUGGCUUCCAGUGCUCCGCCUCCACCUCCGCCCGGCAAGGGUAAGGGCAAGCAUGCAGCAACCGAUGCGCUGCGUGGCUUGGCUGGUUUUGAAACCCAGCAGGAGAUUGCUGAUGCAAGAGAAGCGGCUGCAAAAGCGAAAGCCGGUAUGAGCAUGAAGCGCAAAGUUGAAGACUUGCUGCCUCAGUUCACUGACGGACAAGGUGGAUUGGUCUCGAUGCUGCAGAAGGCAUCAGUGAUUGAAUACUUUCCGUAUGCACCCAAUCAGCUGGCACGCAACUUUCAGCUCAUCAAUGGUGCCAUGACUGCUUCCGCGAAAUACGGUGUGAAUCGUACUAUCCCUGCAAUUCUGGUUAUGUGUGACAUUCUUGCCACCUACCACUUGAUUCUGAAGCAAUAUUGCAUGCAGGCCACAACCACUACAGUCACUGUCUUGCCCGGCGACAACUAUGGACCAGAUGCAACUGACAAGGCUGCCUUGGCCAAUACGAUUGAUCGAAUGGACCCCGAAAUGAUCUCGCAGAAUGCCUGGAUCACAAAGAUCAUUGGAAUGUUUGAGGAUGCUCAGAAGAAUAUUCUCUCCCCAAUGUACAAGUUCGUGAACUUCAGGCAUGAUGCGGAUCAAUGUGCUGCAGUUUGGGCAGAGAAUGCUCUCACACCCGUGGAGAUUGAGUUGAUGAUCAUCAGUUGGUUCCAGGGAUUGGAAUUUGGUGCUAUGGUGGCACUUGUGCUCUCGAUGUGCUUUGGGCAAACCAGGGCCGGUGAGCAAUUGCUCCAGAGAAGGUUCUUUCCAUAUCACCGGAUGUAUGUGCAACCGUUACUUGCGGGCGCUGAUGCCUUCACAGGGCAGUUACUCACUGACUUGCCCAACUUUGAUCAAUCCCUCAUUGCUCGCCGGAGCGCUUCUCUCACGCAUGCCGCCAUGCAUGCCUACGCAGUUUCCCUGCUUUCAAUGCCUCCUUCAAGUGCCAUCACAGGCGAAGAGGGCCUUCCUCCCUUGGGGCAGCUCGUGGCCCAACACCCAGAAGCUUCAACAGCUCCAAGUUGCGUGCGGAAUCCGUUGCCCCUCCUGGCCUACCCCGCCCAAGAGUUACGGAUGGGCCUGAACUCCAAAAUUCUUGCCGGAGAGGUGCCGCCUUCAGCCCCAGCACUCUCAGCCGAAUUGUUCGUAGGAGGUGAUGUUGCCACCGGUUCGCCACGGGAUGGAAUGUUAGAGGAUGUCCGAAGCCCCGCGGCCUCCCCAGACAGUGGCAAUCCACAGGAAAUUGAAGCACCGGCAACAUCGUCAAUGUCGGUGGCUGAACACGUGGAACCACAGCUGGCGCCACUUGAGAAGUUGGGAAGAGAAUGCGACCAGGAGGAACAAGAUCGCUUCUACGAUUUGCUCUUGGCUGCCGUGUUGCCUUUGUUUGGGGAUGGCACGUCAUUGGCCGCAGAACAGGCCGCCGUGCUUCUGCAGAAAGGAGGCUUGUCGGAGGCCCAACAGGAGAUGGUCGCGAAUGCCAGUCCUUUGGGCUGUGAGGAAGUCCUGGAUGGGGAGGAUUUGCGAAGAGUCUUGGAGAGUAUGGCAAGAAUACAAGACGGAGAAGAUGCCCAGAGCCAGGGGACCAUUCCAAGGAGGGUUCCAAGGAUCAAGGGCGUGACCUGGGAUGGUGGCCGCCUUCGGAUGGGCGAAAGCUUUUAUGCCUAA